AUGAUUAUCCCGUGGUGUCGCGUUGCAAACAUAUUCAUACUGACUUGGCUGUAUGCGGUGGUUGGGUUAAAGAAGGAACAGAAGACGUCGAGAAAGUGUUUGUGA